GCCUGCAUCCAAAAAUGCCUACAGGCUAAUUUUGGCUGCUAAUAGAGAUGAGUUUUACAACAGACCGUCCAAGGCUGCAGAUUUCUGGGGGCCCAACAAUGACAUCCUCAGUGGUCUGGACCUGGAGUGUGGGAAGGAAGGUGGAUCCUGGCUGGGGAUCAGCAAGAAAGGCAAGCUGGCUGCGAUCACCAACUACUUGGAAGGACAUCCUAACUCCGAUGCACAAGGAAGAGGAUUUCUAGUGUCCAACUUCCUCAUGGAUAAGGAUGUAGACAGCUACUCCUACAUGAAGAAGGUGUCUGCAGAUGGCYACUUGUACAACGGCUUCAAUCUCAUCACUGCUGAGUUCAAAGCCAAACAAGACACCAUGUGUUACUAUGGAAACAGAGGCAGCGCUGAACCCAUCCUUCUAAAUCCAGCAGGGAUCUACGGCUUGAGUAAUUCACUGCUGGAUACUCCGUGGAGGAAGCUGCUGAUGGGCAAGGACCGCUUCACCGGGAUCGUCAGUAAACCGUCGCUGUCCUGYGAUGGUCUGGUGCAGGAGCUGCUUACUCUCCUUAAUAAUGAAGAACUGAACACACCCGAUCCACUUCAGGAGAAACAGGGAGAUGGGUGUAGCCAGGAUUACAUCCAGGCCUUGUCAGCUUUGUGUGUCCGCAUGACUAAUUAUGGCACAAGGGCCAACACUGUAAUCCUGAUAGAUGCAGAAGGGAAUGUCACAUUCACGGAGCGCACCAUGCUCGACUGUGACACAAGCAAAUGGAGCACUAGGUCCUUCCAGUUCCAGCUCCAGGCGUGACGACAUGGAGGGUCUCCCACUCUGUGCCUUUCUGCAACACCUUUCCUUCCAUCCUGCUCAGCCCCUCUGCUGCGCCGCCACUUCCCCAUAGCAGUGAAGUGACAGUGAAAACUUGUCUGCACUUUUUUCCUUCAGCUGGUCACUAGCUGCCUGAUAAACAAUAGCAAUAUGAAUUUCUUGCUCUUGGUUUAAGUUAAAAUGGAUUUUUUGAGAAACGUUUGAUCGUUAAACAAAAAAAUAAAUAAAUAAUAAAUGCCAAA